AUGGGCGCCGAGGGUAUCGAGGGUAUCGCCCCUCCACCCCCGGCGUUUAUCUCCGUUGCUCGACGGGACGGACCCGAGGUGAGCGGCGGGCGCGGGAACAAUGCGGGGGACCGGCCGCCCGGCCGUGGCGUCGCCCCCCGCCCGCACCGCUACUGCAGCGCCGGCGAGGAGGAGGAGGGCGAGGAGGAGGAUGAGAUCCAGGAGGUGCAGAUAACGGGGGACGAGGAGGAGGAGGACGGAGCCGAUGGGGGGCUGCUGCUGGACGAGGAGGAGGAGGAGGAGGAGGAGGAAGAGGAGAUGGGUCUGGAGUGGGACGGCGAGGAGGAGACGGAGCCGCUGCCGCCUGCCCCGGGCUGUACGCCGGGCGGCGGCAGCGGCGGUGGCAGCAGCGGCGUCGGGGCUGCCCCGGGGGGCGCCGCGACGGCUGCCCCGGGGGGCGGCGGCGGCCCCGGGGGGGCGGCGGACGACGCGGAGCUGGAGGCGGCCCUGCUACUGCAGCGGCCGGAGCGGGCGCGGCUGAGCGAGAACACGCGGCUGGCCACCCGCUAUGCCGUGCGCAUCUUCCGCGAGUACCUGAGCGAGAAAGCGCAGAGCCCCGACUUCGAGACGAUGGACAAGGGAGCGCUCUGCCGCGUCCUACGUUCCUUCUACGCUGAGGCGCGCUCCAAGAGCGGGCAGCUCUACUCCAAGUCCUCCCUCAUCAGCAUCCGCAGCUCCCUCAACCGCUACCUCAAUGAGCCGCCCUACUGCCGCACCCUCGACCUCACGAAGGACCCCGAGCUCCGCGCUGCCAACCUCACCCUGGCCGCUGUCAUCCGCAAGCUGGAGGAGCAGGGCGCAGGGCCGGUGGUGCAGAAGCAGGCCAUCACCCGCGCUGACCUCCGGAAGCUCUACACCUGCAGUGUCUUCAGCACCCAGAGCCCCUUUGGACUCCUCAACAAGGUCUGGUUUGAGACCUGCAUGUACUUCUGCACCCGGGGCCGAGAGAACCAGCGGGAGCUGGAGGAGGACUCCUUUGGGCUGGCCGUGGAUGAGGAUGGACGCAAGUUCGUCUACUUCAAGGCACUAGGGCCUUACCACAAGUCGCGCUCGUCUUCCUGGAGCAAGAAGCGGGCGGAGAGCAGUGACGAGGAGAACCUGCCCCGCAUGUAUGAGACUGGCACCGAGUUCUGUCCCUAUGCCAGCUUUGUCAAGUACCUGUCCAAGCGCAACCCCCUCUGCAAGGCCUUCUUCCAGCGUCCACGGGACCAUUGCAGCGAGGGUGACAUCACAUGGUACGAGAACAAGGCCAUUGGCAAGAACCUUCUGGGUACUCGCAUGCAGAUGCUCUCCAAGGCAGCCAAGCUCUCCAAGACCUACACCAACCACUGCAUUGGUGCUGUCUCCAUUGCCACCCUCAACAGCAUCGCUGGCAUUGGCACCAAGCUGGGAGGGCCACAGUCACCCCACCACCACCCCCCUCCUCACCACCACCACCUCCUCCACCACCCCGCCGGCGGGGGCUGCUACACCCCCGCUGCCCUCAACGGGGGACCACGGCCCCGACCGCCCAUUGCCAAUCCCUACGUGCUGCCCAAAGACGGUGACGCUGCGCCGGUGAAGGCAGAAGUGGCCGCAGUGGCCCCGGCCAAACGGGCCCUCUACGAGGCAGUGUUCCCAGCAGGGGCCGCGGCUGGUGGCGAUGCCUGUGGGCCCUCAGCCUCCCCCAAAAGACUCUGCCGCCGCCCUGCUGAGCCCCUGGAUGCCGCCGCGCCCGCUGUGGUGGUGGUCUCAGUGAAACAUGACCCCCUGCCUCACCUCCUCCCUGAAGCCAAUGGGCACAGAAGCACCACCUCACCCACAGUAGUAUCACCUGCUAUUGUUUCCCCCACACAGAGCCAGUGGCACCAGUACAACCCAACCAUGUCCUCAGAGAGCUACCAGCCAUAAGAACAGGCAUGGAUGUGCUCACAUGUGAAGACUUUUUGUCAAAGGCCUGGGCAGCUUCUUUGUGCUUCUGGUCUCUUCAGAGUGGAGGUGAAGAAAAGGCACCACGAUGGCACACAUGCCUUAAGAGACCAAAAUGCAACUUGUAUGCUCCAUGUUGUGUACCUGGGCAUCUUUGCAGGGCUUUGCAGCCCUUACAGGGCUCUAUCUGAGAGGCCAGCACAACCUGGUGUCAUCUGUGGAUUCAGUGUGCCAUGGCCAUAGUCAGAAUUUGGUAUGAAGACAUCACCAGCUCAUAG